AUCUUUAAUUUUUUUUUAAAUCGUUAGUGACAUGACAUUGACAUUUUGCUCACCGAUCUUCCAUUAAUUGUUUCAUUGUUUCUCAUUUUGUGAAGAAUACUGUCUAUUUUUACAAUUUCAUUACCUAUCUGAAAAACUAAUACUAAAUCAUAAUAUAGCUUAGAUUACAAUGUCCAAUAACGUGACUCCCUUAGCGGGAACAGCACAUUUACUGGAUGAACUGGAUAAGAAGUUGAUGGUGCUACUGCGCGACGGCAGGACGUUGAUUGGUUAUCUACGCUGCGUUGACCAAUUUGCCAAUUUAGUAUUACACAAGACUAUUGAGAGAAUUCAUGUGGGGCAGGAGUAUGGAGACAUUCCAAGAGGAAUAUUCAUUGUUAGAGGCGAAAAUGUGGUACUUUUAGGCGAAAUAGAUAAAGAAAAAGAAGAGAACUUGCCCCUUACAGAAGUUUCAGUAGAUGAUAUUCUUGAUGCCCAAAGAAGAGAACAAGACGCCAAGAUUGAACAACAGAAACUUCUAUCAAAAGCCCUUAAGGAGCGAGGACUCAAUUUACUGGCUGAUUUAGGACAUGAUGAUAUGUUUUAAGAUCCUCAGUUAGUGUUUUCUGUGAUUGUAAAAUUUUUUCUUUAUUUAAGACUGUAAUUUUAUCAAAGUAAAUAUAAAAACA